AGACUCCCUGCCCCGCCUCGCUUGGGCAACCUGCCCGCUGGGUUCCCAGCCUCAGUUUCCUUCCCGUCCCGAUUCCUUCCUCUGACGGUGGCCCUUCCUCAAGGGCGGAUGCGAGCUGGGAAGGCGAAGGAUCCCAGCUCGGCCCUAAAGUCCCCCGGCCACAGUUAUGCGCCGCUCAUCGCCGGGCCUCGGCUGGGCCCCUGGAACCCAGCCCUGGCCUUCCUACCUCACCUGCUUUUUGCUGUGUCUCCAGGAGCUCUGGAGCCCUAGGAUCAUGGAUACUGUCAAUAGGAACCAGAUAAGCCCUGGACAUAAGACCCAGGCUGUGGUGCAGAAAGGCCCCCUGGACCUGAUUGAGACAGGUAAAGGAUUGAAAGUGCAGACGGACAAACCACAUCUGGUGAGCCUGGGCAGCGGGAGACUUAGCACAGCAAUCACUCUCCUGCCUCUGGAGGAAGGGAGGACAGUUAUUGGUUCUGCAGCCAGGGAUAUCUCACUCCAGGGUCCAGGCCUGGCUCCAGAGCACUGCUACAUUGAGAAUCAGAGGGGUACUCUUACCCUCUACCCUUGCGGCAAUGCCUGCACUAUUGAUGGGCUCCCUGUCCGGCAGCCUACCCGGCUCACUCAGGGCUGCAUGUUGUGUCUGGGUCAAUCUACCUUCCUGCGCUUUAACCACCCAGCUGAAGCCAAGUGGAUGAAAAGCAUGAUUCCAGCAGGGGGCCGGGUCCCUGGGCCCCCCUACAGCUCUGGCUCUGCUGAAUCAGAAAGCCUGGUGAAUGGGAACCACACACCACAGCCUGCAACUCGGGGACCUCCAGCCUGUGCCAGCCACAGUUCCCUAGUGAGCUCUAUUGAGAAGGACCUACAGGAAAUCAUGGACUCACUGGUGCUAGAGGAGCCUGGAGCCGCUGGCAAGAAGCCUGCAGCCACAUCCCCACUGUCACCAAUGGCUAAUGGUGGGCGCUACCUGUUGUCUCCCCCAGCCAGCCCAGGUGCCAUGUCUGUGGGCUCCAGCUAUGAGAAUACCUCUCCUGCCUUCUCUCCGCUUUCCUCACCAGCCAGCAGCGGAAGCUGUGCCAGCCACUCACCUAGCGGGCAGGAGCCAGGACCUUCUGUGCCUCCACUGGUGCCUGCCCGUUCCUCCAGCUACCAUCUGGCCCUGCAGCCUCCGCAAUCUCGCCCAAGUGGUACCCGUUCCUCUGAAAGCCCCCGGCUGGGCAGGAAAGGAAGUCAUGAAAGACCUCCCAGCCCUGGUCUCCGAGGUCUACUGACUGACAGUCCAGCGGCCACAGUCUUGGCUGAGGCCCGCAGAACCACUGAGAGCCCCCGGCUAGGUGGGCAGUUGCCCAUGGUGGCAAUCAGCCUGAGUGAAUAUCCAGCUUCUGCUGCCCGCAGCCAACCCUCCAGCAUCCCUGGCAGCCCCAAGUUCCAGUCUCCAGUACCUGCUCCCCGAAACAAGAUUGGUACACUCCAGGACCGCCCUCCCAGCCCUUUCCGUGAACCUCCAGGCACUGAUCGGGUGUUAACAACCAGCCCCUCUAGACAACUGGUAGGCCGAACAUUUUCAGAUGGGUCAGCCACUCGUAACCUGCAGCCUCCCGAGAGCCCCUGCCUGGGUCGUCGGGGCCUGGACAGUAUGCGAGAACUCCCUCCCUUGAGCCCAUCCCUUUCUCGAAGGGCUCUGUCCCCACUGCCAGCCCGGACCACCCCGGAUCCCAAGCUAACCAGGGAAGUGGCAGAGAGUCCCCGGCCCCGUCGCUGGGCAGCCCAUGGGGCUUCACCAGAGGACUUCUCCUUGACUCUAGGAACAAGGGGCCGCAGGACUCGGAGCCCCUCACCCACACUUGGGGAGUCCCUGGCACCCCGGAAGGGCAGCUUUAGUGGCAGGCUGAGCCCAGCCUACAGUCUGGGCUCUCUUACUGGGGCUUCACCUCGCCAGAGCCCCCGAACCCAGAGGAAGCUUUCUAGUGGGGACUUGCGGGUACCCAUCUCAAGGGAGCGGAAAAAUAGCAUCACAGAGAUCAGUGACAAUGAAGAUGAACUCUUGGAAUACCACCGGCGGCAGCGCCAGGAGCGACUCCGAGAACAGGAGAUGGAAAGGCUGGAACGCCAGCGCCUGGAGACCAUCCUGAACCUGUGUGCUGAGUACAGCCGAGCUGACGGGGGACCUGAGUCUGGGGAACUGCCCAGCAUUGGAGAGGCCACUGCAGCAUUGGCGUUGGCAGGCCGAAGGCCCUCAAGAGGCCUGGCGGGAGCCAUUGUGGCCUCUGGGAGGAGCAGUGAGGAACCUGGAGGAGCCACCCAGCGCCUGUGGGAGAGCAUGGAGCGCUCAGAUGAGGAAAAUCUCAAGGAAGAGUGCAGUAGCACAGAGAGCACCCAGCAGGAGCACGAAGAUGCCCCUAGUGCUAAGCUUCAGGGAGAGGUACUGGCUGUGGAAGAGGAGCGGGCUCAGGUGCUGGGGCGUGUGGAGCAGCUCAAGGUCGGAGUGAAGGAGUUGGAGCAGCAGCUUCAGGAGGCAGCCCGUGAGGCUGAAAUGGAGCGGGCACUGCUGCAGGGAGAGAGGGAGGCAGAGCGAACAUUGCUGCAGAAGGAACAGAGGGCAGUGGACCAGCUGCAGGAGAAGCUGGUGGCCUUGGAGACAGGCAUCCAGAAGGAGAGGGACAAGGAGAGGGCGGAGCUGGCCGCGGGACGGAGGCACCUGGAGGCCCGCCAGGCGCUCUACGCCGAGCUCCAGACGCAGCUCGAUAACUGCCCCGAGUCAGUGCGGGAACAGUUACAGGAGCAGCUGAGAAGGGAGGCAGAUGCUCUGGAGACUGAGACAAAACUCUUUGAGGACCUGGAGUUCCAGCAGCUGGAGCGGGAGAGCCGCGUGGAGGAGGAGCGGGAGCUGGCAGGCCAGGGGCUGCUGCGGAGCAAGGCCGAGCUGCUGCGCAGCGUAGCCAAGAGGAAGGAGCGCCUAGCUGUCCUGGACAGUCAGGCUGGGCAGAUCCGGGCCCAGGCAGUGCAGGAGUCAGAGCGUCUGGCCCGUGACAAGAAUGCUGCCCUGCAGCUGCUGCAGAAGGAGAAAGAGAAGCUGAUUGUCCUGGAAAGGAGAUACCACUCACUCACGGGAGGCAGGCCUUUUCCGAAGACCACCUCAACCCUCAAAGAGAUGGAGAAGCUGCUGCUCCCUGCUGUAGACUUAGAGCAGUGGUACCAGGAGCUGAUGGCCGGGCUGGGGACUGGCCUUGCUACAGCCUCCCCUUGCUCCUCCCCCCCGCCUCUGCCUGCCAAAACUUCCCGUCAGCUGCAGGUUUACCGCUCCAAGAUGGAUGGUGAGGCUACCAGCCCUCUGCCCAGAACCCGCAGUGGCCCCCUUCCCUCCUCUUCAGGCUCCUCCUCUUCUUCUUCCCAGCUCAGCGUGGCUACGCUGGGCCGUAGCCCAUCGCCAAAGAGCACUUUGCUCACCCAGAAUGGCACGGGCAGCCUUCCUCGCAACCUGGCAGCCACACUGCAGGACAUUGAGACAAAGCGCCAGCUGGCACUACAACAGAAGGGUGAGUGGGUGUAACGCCAGUCCCACCCCACCUCCCAUGCUGUAGGGGACCCUCUUCACUUCAUGCAUGCCCACACCUUUCAUGGGAUUUGUUUCCUGUUAUUGGAAUCUGGGCAAGCGCAGAAAAGAUUUAGGUUGGACAGCUAAAGAAGAGCAUCCUGGGUAGUUUUCAGAUCUCAGGGUAGGAGACGGAAGGGUCUAGGCAUCUAUGCCACCUUCCCAGAGGGCCCAUUAAUUAGGCCAAGUGCUUGUUGACCAAGUAGGACUAGACAUUGGAGUCAUGGGGGGAGGUGAUGACCUUUAGAAAUGGUUCCCUGAGACACUGGACACUGGCUUAGAGGACUGAAGUCCUGUUGCUGUGUGUGUUUUGAAAGUCCACGUCUGCAUCUCUCUCC